GGCAUCUUCAGCGUCUCGGCCUUCAUUGUAAGCGUCAUCUACCUCAGUCGGUUCAAGGAGAUCUCGCACAUUACCCUGCACGCCUGCACGUGGCGCCCACUCUUCCUUACGAGCCUGCUCCUGGCCGACAAGAUGUGGGUGGUCGCGGUGACGCGGGGAGAUGGGCGGGGCCGCCGUGCGUUUGCCGAGGACAAGCCCGUGAGGCGCUUUGCGUCGCAGGGCGCCUCGCAGGGCGACCUGCUUCGCGCAAUCCUGCCGUCGCGUGGCAGGGCGCCUCGCAGGGCGCAGGCCGCGUCGCAGUGCACGUUCACGGCUUCGAACAGCAAGUCGAUUCCAGCUCCCGGCCAAUGGUGCUUCAUUCCAUUCGAGGCCAUUGCUGGGCUAUCCCCGGCGAAAUUCCUCCAGGAGUGGGCGAUUUGGAAAGCUGCGAACGCAGCUGACGUGCCUUUCCUCUUCUGCACCACGACAGGUCUUUAUCGAGAAGUACAGAGGAACGGAGCGCCCGCUCGAGACGGAGAGCAGCUAGGAAGGACGACGUGCUGGCGGUCCCUGGCUCCCGUCGUGAUGGCAAACGGGAUCCACGUCCCAUGCAUGAGUUUCAAGCUGUGCCCGCCCUUUCAGAUCCUGAUCGGCAUCAUCCUGCCGCGCAACGACCUGCCGAAUAACCUGAUCCUUGGCAAGCACCUGGAGCAGCAGCUUGUGGGCAUGGUCCAGGCCCAGCAGGAGCACGUCGCCAAGUCGCUCGUUGUCCACGCCCGUGAUGUUGCCAAAGUUGGUGGGCGAGCGGAUGCCCUGGUUGAUGAACAACGGCGAAUACGGGCCCAGAUCGACGACAUCGAGAAGACGCUCGCCAAUGCCGAGAAAGAGAUACCGAUCAUCGACUUCCAGGCGCUCGAGGCGUGGUCCAGGCUUCUUGAUGCGAGGAUCUUUUCCGUGGGUGCACCUGAACUGGUUGGCCCUGCGCAAGUCCGCGCUGGCAUCUCCGACUGGCUCACAGCUGCGGGCCUCGACAAUAGCAUGGUCCGUCUCGACUCCUCCGUCCCCAGUCAGCGCUUCAACGUUGUCGUGGAGGGCGUGCUGGACAUCGCCAUCCCGCGUGCUCAUGCGCUGGCUCGACAUGUGCGUAACCCUGCGGCUCCCAAUGGAUGGCGCUCCUUCCAAUGCCAAGCGGUUGGCGGUGGCACUGUCCCGCUCUACGUGGUUCCUGACCAAUCCCCGCAGCAAGUACGGAUGAACAUCCAAACGAGGCGUCUCGCCAACAUCCUCAGUGAAUCGGUACCUGGUCAGGCCUUCUGCGCCCAGCGGGCUCGUGGCACCAUCGCUUCCCAGGGCGUCAGGCUGGCCAAACUCGAGAUGGGCGACCGUCGGGAAACGGACACCACCAUCCGCUGGAACAUGGACAUGGUCUCGCGGCUGGCCAUCGACAGGGGCGCGAUCGCCGAGCAGUUCAAGAAGGCCUUCUCGCUGGAGCAUCGAGAUCAUGAGCGUCGCAUCUUCGACCUCUCUGAUGGCGACUUCGCCGCGGUGGAGAUGGCCUGGAACGAUGCCCUCGUUUGGGCCGCGGACGACCACUUGAGGCGCAUCUUCAUCGGGGCGGGUGACUUCAACAUCGCGGACAGCCCUGCAGUUUCGCAGUGGUCUCCUGUGGCAGAGGAGACCUGGCGACUGCGCCCUGAUCAACGCUACCAGCUGCGACAGCCUGCGUGGCGCCGACCCUUUGCCGCGGCCCUGGAGAUCGAGGCGCAGUGGCCCGCCCGCUACGACAAGGCCAGCCAGCAGCUCUCAGUCAUUGACCGCGUCUUCCUGGGUAUCGACGCGCAUGCGAUGCUCUCCGUCUCCACGCGCCUCGCGACCGCCUGCGACGCGAUGGAGUUGUCGGAGCUCGGCCUCCGUGACCAUGCGCCUCUCGUCUUGCAGAUCGAGAUGGCCCGACAUGUACCGCGCGAGGAGCAGGCGAUCCCGUCGCGCCUCUUCUUUCACCCGAAGUGCCCCGAGACGUCUUCUCUCAUGAUGACGAACUGCGAUCUGGAGGCGGCGUCGGUCGAGGAACGCCGGCGUGCCACCGAGACUUGCGUGAAAUUGGCUGCUGCUCGGAUCCGUGACGAGCAGCUGCGCACCAACUCCUCCCUGAAGGUCAAGGGCGGCAAUGUCGAGGCCACGUGCGUGGGCUUAAAGACUGCGGCGCGGGCCCUCUGGCGCCAGGAUGCAUUGCUUGCGGCCCGCCUUCUUGCAUCGUGCCCUGACCUCUCCGCCCGCCUGCCGAUCGACCAAGGCUCUGUUCGCGUGGCGGACGCCAGUGCCUUCGCCGAGGCCUUCGACGCGGUCGCGGCGAAGGUGCGUGCCAUGCGCGGGCAGGCGGCCGAGGCUGCUGCUCGGAGGUCCAACGACCGCGACAGCCUUGCCUGGCGUCGUGUGGAGCGCAGGUCUGCCCGACACGUACAGCUAUGGAUCCCCUGGCGUCGACGAAUGGUGCUUGCUGGCCUGCGGCUUGACUCAGCCCCAUGCGCCUCCGGCACCGCCGCGGACGUGCCUCCCGAGGUGGCCAGCGACUCCGCGGGCAUGACGGGCGUUGUGGCCGAGCACUGGGGCAAGAUCUUCGACCGCGCGCCGACCGCGGAGCAGAAGCUGCGGCCCAACCAGUUCCUUGACCGCUUUGCCCCGCAGCUACCCGUGGUGGAGCUCCCGCAGCCGUCGCUGCGCGCACUGGGGCGCGCCGCAGCGCGGGCCCCGCCAAGCGCUCCUGGUCCUGACCAACUCCCAUGCGCAGCGUGGCGGCGCAGCCCUGGGGCUCUCCUGCAUCUCCAUGCUUUGAUGGAGCAGCUUUUCAACGAGGGCAAUGCGGGCGCCAAACUCAUUGCCUCCUGCGCGGAUCGCGCUCUGCGGCCCAUUGCCUCCGUCGCGACGGAAGGGGUGCAGAAGGGCUUCGCUGCUGGGCGACGCUUCGUGGGCCACGUCCCGUCCCUGGGCGCGGAGUGCCGCCGCGAGGGGCUCCUCCCUGGCGCCGCUCAACAUCGACCGAUGCUGCUCUCCUUCGACUUCAAACAGGCUUUCCCGUCCCUCUUCCGCGACGUGAUCGACGUCGUGCUGCCGAGGUGCGGCGUCCCGCUGGGCUACUGCAGUGCGAUCUCGGCGCUGUGCUGCAACUGCCUUGCCUUCGGCUUCUUCCGGGUCUCGGGGGGCAGCGCGGCGAAGGGGCCGCUCUUUGCCUUGAGGUGCGGCAUCAUGCAGGGGUGCCCCCUCUCGGGCACGGCGCUGGGAGACCCCCCUGAAGGCUGCCUCGCAGCGUGCGCGGGCGACCUGGGCAUGCUCAUCCGCAAUGCCGAGAUCCCCCCGUCCAUCGCCGAGUCUUUCGUGGACAUCGAGCUUGCAUUCAACCUCCAGCUUGCGAUCCACAAGUGCGUGCUGGUCCCGCUCUGGGCCGAGGUCGCGCCCGACCUUAUCAAUGACGCCGAGGCGUACCUGGCCGAGAUGGUCCCGAGCUGGAGGGGCUUCCGCGUCGAAUCCUCGGCCAAGUACCUGGGCACGCGCAUCGGCCCUGGCAUCGCGGAGCGGGGCAUCUGGAAGGAUUCGGCGGCGAAGUGGCGGUCGCGGGCUGCGGAGAUGAGCCGCGCGGGCGUGGCGGCCAGCCUUGCCGCUCGCGCCUACAACGUCAACGUGCUUCCGUGUCUCUCCUACCUGGCCCAGCUCUUCUUCGUCAUCCCCGAGAUCUGGCGGGUCGAGGUCACGAUGCUCAACCGCCUCCUGCGCUUCCCGCCGUCGGCCAUGCGCAUGGCGGACAUCCCCUCCAUGGGUGCGUGGUGCGGCUCCCCCGCGCCGAUGGGCCUGCUGCCGUGCUCGGUCGCCGCGCUCCUCCGCGCAGCGGCUCACGCGGUGCGCGGCUGGGUGCCCGCGCUGCAUGCCCUGCGCGGCGCGGCGGUCGAGAACCUCCCGCUGGUGAGCGUCCUGGAGGGCUCGUGGUCGCCGCCUUGGUGGGCCACCAAGCGCUCCAUCGUCCAGAACUACGGCCUCGUGAUGGAGCAGUGCGGCGCCCUGCCGCACCCGCGCCCCGUGCUUGACAAGGUGCCCGUCCCUGUGACGACGCCCCUCGUCGAGGCGGCUCGCAGCGCCAUGGGCGACGAGGAGAAGGCUGCUGCCCGGGCGGUCCCUCCUGGGACGGUCAAGCGCCAGGCCGUGGCGAUGCGCGCCAUCCGCGACGGCCUCUACGAGGAGCGCCUCGACCAGCUGAUCGGCCGCCGUCUGCGGCGCUGGGGCCUGGAGGUGCCCGCCGGGGAGGUGCACGUCAUCGCGCACCGCCCGUGCAUCAUGGGCUGCGAGGCGCGGGGCGCCCUGUCGCACUACAUGGCGUGCCCGGUGCUCCGCAGCGCUGUCGCGGCGCCUGCGGAGGCGAGUGAGCUGAGCAGUGGGGCCACGUUUUUUGGUUUAGGCCACAUGAGUGAGCACCGAGCGCGGCUGCGCAUUGUCUGUGUACGCGCGGUGGCGUUGGCCACGCAGCUGUUUCAUAUUCUGAAAUGGCGAGCCGAUGGUGGCUCGCCCAUCCGCGCCGCUGCCAUCGCCUCUGCGCGCGUAGCAGCUCUGCAUCGUCUACAAGCAUAG